AGAUACUCCACUACCCACCGUGCUCUGCCUCCUUCCAUCCGCCUCUCUUCUCAGGAACAGAGCCUCCAGAAAAGAGCCAAAAAAAAUCGAGUGCAGUUCGCCGGAGAUUGGUUCUGCAAUUCCCCGGGAGGCGGUGGAGGGUCAGCGUUUCGAGGGUGCAGAUCUCAGACCCUUCCUCCUCUUCAUUUCAUUCCCCUCUCUGUCUCUCUGUCUCUCUGUCUCUCUGUCUCUGUGCCACCUACCGCUACAGAAAGCCCUGCCUCGUCCUCUGUUCUUCUUUGCUUUUCUCCAAAGAAUCCGUCUCGCCCCCCCUUCAUCGACACACAUUGUGUUUUUCACUUCAUUCGUUGCUCUGGUUACUCAAAAGGGUCCACUUCGGCUUCUCCGGUGGAACAAAAUCUUUACUCAUUUUUGCUUCAAUCCGCUAAUUGGGUAGUCAGAUUUCCGUUGCUGUAGGAAUAAGGGGAGGAAGUUCCGACAUGGGUGUGCUUAGCAUCUUCACCAAUUCUCUCACUGUGCUCUCGUGCCUUGUUUUACUCUCCGUUUGCAGAGGUGCUUCCGGGGCAACUUUCACAUUUGUGAACAAGUGCGACUUCUCAAUCUGGCCAGGGAUCCUAUCUAGUGCGGGCAGUCCCAAGCUGGCCAGCACCGGAUUCGAGUUGUCUAAAGGCGGGUCGAGGUCCUUCCAGGCACCGACAGGGUGGUCCGGCCGCUUCUGGGGGCGUAGCGGCUGCGAUUUCGACGGCUCGGGCCGUGGCUCGUGUGCCACCGGCGACUGCGGCUCCGGUGAGGUCGAAUGUAACGGAGCCGGCGCGACACCGCCGGCUACUUUGGCAGAGUUCACGCUCGGCUCUGGCUCUCUGGACUUCUAUGAUGUGAGCCUGGUCGACGGGUACAACUUGCCCAUGAUUGUUCAGGGCACUGGCAAAUCAGGUGCUUGCGCCACCACCGGAUGCCAGACAGACCUGAACCUACAGUGCCCGAAGGAGCUGAAGGCGGAGGAUGGCACGGCGUGCAGGAGCGCCUGCGAGGCGUUCGGGAGCCCGGAGUACUGCUGCAGCGGCCCAUACAGCUCGCCUGCCACCUGCAAACCCUCAAUGUACUCCCAGAUAUUCAAGACAGCAUGCCCCAAAUCAUAUAGCUACGCUUAUGAUGAUGCCACCAGUACUUUCACUUGCAGUGAUGCUGAUUAUACCAUUACAUUUUGUCCCAUCUCUCCACGCCAAAAAUCUGCCACAGACUCUUCUCCUCCGAAGACAACCGAAACAGCGGAGAACCCGGAUUCGGAGUCAGGAUCCGGGUCUGAGUCUGAGUCUGGGUCUGCGUCAGUGUCAGAUCCUGCCCCGGUUCAGGAGACUGCAUUUGCCACUUCAUGGCUGGCCAAUUUGGCAAUUGGUGACUCUACUAGAACCCAACCUCCCACAGCAGUUCAAUUAGCAAUUUCUCUAGCAGUCUCACUCACCCUCCUCACCAUCUCACACUUGUAGUCCCUCUCUCUUUCUUUCACUUUCCUCCCGCUUUCCUGCAGAACAAGAGAAUAAGAAAAGAUACCCAAAACACAGAGACUUCGGUAUGAUGGGUAUUUGCUUAGAGUGGAAACAAAGUUGGCAGGAUCCAGAUUGUAAACCUCACUUCCCAUUUGGCUUAAUUAAUGAUAAUCACACAGAGGUAUUAGAUAAA